AUGUUACAUUGUCUCCAUUGGGCAUGGGAAAAUUGCCCUACAACAUAUCAUGGGCAAUUUACCCGAGGUGAUCAUGGUCACCCAACAAUCAUACUUGAAGCAGUUGCAUCACAAGAUAUGUGGAUUUGGCAUGCUUUUUUUGGUUAUCCUGUUUUGGUUAACGACAUCAACGUUCUUAAUCGUUCACCAAUAUUUAACAACAUAUACGAUGGAUUCGCACCAGAUUCUUCUUUUCAAGUGCGUGGAACGCCAUAUAAGUAUGGUUAUUAUCUGGUCGAUGGAAUCUAUCAUGAGUAUGAUGUGUUUGUUAAAUCGUUUACAACUCCACAUGGUUCUAGACGAAAGAAAUUUAAGAGAACUCAAGAAAGAGCUAGGAAGGAUGUUGAGCGUGCUUUUGGAGCUCUGAAGAAACGAUGGUUCAUAUUGAAAAAACCACAAGCUUAUUUAGGCGAGGAAAAACUUCAAGAAAUCAUGUAUACAUGUCUUAUAUUGCAUAACAUGAUUAUUGAAGACGAAGGAAGAGCGAUAUUUGCGUUUGACGAGGAAGAAACCAUAUCAGAGACAUAA